AGGUGGGUGGGUUUCCCCUCCUCUCAAAGAAAUGUGCUAGUCUGCAAGCCACCAUCAACAAUAAUCUACUGCCCCACAGGCGCUCGAGGACCGAGGUGAAGGGAACUCAAACACCCGUGAAUUCCCUUGACGAUUUGACAAAGGAUUAGCUAGCUACAAGAGAUAGUAUGGACAAAGAGGAGCAGUUUGUCAACAUCGACCUAAACGACGACAACAUCUGCAGUGUCUGCAAGCUAGAGACCGACACGGGGACCAUGUCCUUCUGCCACGUCUGCUUUGAGCUCAGCAUCGAAGGUGUGUCUCAUGCCACCCUCCUGCACACCAAAUCCCUACGGGGCCACCGGGAGUGUUUUGAGAAGUAUCACCUCAUUGCCAACCAGAAGCUGUCCCGCUCCAAGGUCUCCCGCAGUCCCUACGAGGGCAUGAAGCUGGCCCUUAGCCAGAAGAUCAGCCGCAUUGUGCAGUACGCCCAGAACAAAGACUCUGUCAGCUCAGAGGGGAGUCCUGGCCGUCGGGGGGGCAAGCACCAGCUCCUCUGCUACAGCCAGAAUGGAGACCGUAAACUACUGCCCCAGUCGGAUGCCCAGGUGCCCCGCUACACCCCACGCUGGAACCAGGGGAUUGGGGCAGGAGGGCUGCCGGACUACGCCACGAGUAUGCUGGAGUGCCACUCGGCCGAGGAGCUGGGGCUACUGGAGGACGGGCGCGACCUCGGGGCCCUGUGGGGGGUCACAGGGAGGAGGGGCCAUCUUCACCGCAGCCACAGCCAGUCUUCUGGAGGAGACCACCAGACACUGCAUUCAAACAAUGGUCACAGCAGAGACGAGUUGAUUAAAAUGAGUGUGGACGAGCUCCACCAGCUGAAUGGGCAGCUGCUGCUACAGAUUCAAAAGGUGUUUGAAGAGCUGACAGUGGCUGUGCAGGAAAAAGACUCACUGGCGUCGGAACUGCAUGUUCGCCACAUCGCCAUCGAGCAGCUCUUCAAGAACUGUGCCAAGCUGCCCUGGCUGCAGAUCAGCCGGGCCGGGUCCGUGGUCAAGGCCAGCAGCAACGCCUCUGUGGAGUGAGGGGAGUCUGGGGGUACCUACCUGGCUUGGCUGCCUCUCACUCCCAGGGCUAAAAGACAGACAGACAGGAUGGCCACUGUGGCCCGUGCCCUUUAUAUUGUAAAAGACUUGUUGCGUGGUGUGGUUUCUCUCAGAAGAGUGAGGAAUGGACAUGGCCUCCUCUCAUCUGGUGCUCCAUGGCUUUCUGACUGCAGUACUUUGAAGAAGGGGCUCAGAGAAAGGCAAUAAAAUUAAAGGAUCUUGGGAUCCACUGACUUCCACAUGGGAACUGUGGGUUGUUGAGCCCCGCUGUCGGUGGACCUGUUGCCUAUGCAGACAAAGUAUUUUUGAAAGAAUACCUAUUCAGAUUUAAUACAGAAUGACAUGAGCGAAUACUAGUGUAUAUACUAGUAAUUGCCAAAAUAAAGGAACACUUGAGUAAAUUAAAUAAAGUAUAUUGAAAGCAGGCAGGGCUCCACAUUUAGAUUGGUUAGCAUCAUGGUUGCACUAUUACUACAGUGAAAACAGCUUGCUUCUAGCUCAACCAGGUCAAAAGAUCUGACCAAUUUUACCGGCACAACAUUUGUAUCUUCCUAUAGCCGAGCGGCUCGCCGGGACUGCGUUUUAGAUUCAUAAACCAUGUCGUGGGCCGUUCUAAAACUACUCACGCGUCGACAACCUUUUGUUUACACUUUGUUCAGUCAUGUUACCUUGUUCACUAGCUAGCUAACAACCUGGUAACAGAAAGAAAGGAAAAGGGGUAGCUUCUUCAGGAGAUCAGUGAUCAUAGCAGUGAAUGAAUGACAGAAAUCUUGCAUGUCAACAUCACAAACCUGAUGUUUUUAAGGAGACCGUGUACAAUUUUCUAUGUAAUGCAUCUCAAUAGGAAAAUGCUGCUUUUACACCAAAUGUAGACAAUAUUCCACAAAUUACUUUAUUUCAAUGACAGGUAUUCGUAUCAUCAUUUUAGCUUUUAUAAUAAACAAAUGCGUUUACAGUGUUCCAUAUUGGUUUCUAGGUCACAACGUGCUUCAGAAGUAACUAGAAUUUGUAGGCUGCAUUUACACAGGCAGCCAAAUUCUGAUUAAAAAAAAAAUCACUAAUUGGUCUUUGGUCUUUCCAAUCAGAUCAGCUCUGAAAAAGAUCUGAUUUGAAAAGAUCCUAUGUGAUUGAUCAAAAGAACAAUAGGUGGAAAAAAUAUCAGAAUUUAUCUGCCUGUGAAAAUGUAGCAAUAUAGGCCCAAUCUCAAUCAACUUUUCUGGUGGUCCUAAAUUUAAUUUGGUGCUCCCAUCUUUAAGUUACCAAUGAAACAUUUGAAUUUAGAGCCCUGAAAGCAGGUGCUUCCACAUGCGUGGUUCCUGAGUUAAUUAAGCAAUUAACAUCCUAUCCCAUCCAUGUAUAAACAAUCCCAGUUGACCAGUACUUUGGCUAACAUGGCUAGAAAAGGGGUGUCAAAGGUGCGUAGGGGGUUUAGUGUGGGUGUUUAGUGGGGGAUUUAGUGUGUGUCUGUCAGUUACCAGAAGGGUAUACUACAAAGCAUGAUCAAGGAGUUAGCCAGCUAACUUGCCUAAAUGUUCUGAAAUAACUGUCUCGGGUACAUAAAUGUUCUGAAAUAACUUUAUUUUUUAGAAAGAUAAGCUUGAUAUGGGCAUGGUCUAAUUGACUCGACAACCAAAUAAGUUUAGCUGUCUUAAUGAACCAGAAAACCAAUCGUUAUUUCUGGUUGUUUUAUCAAAGUUAGCUGGCUAUCUCAUUGAGCCUGCUUUGUAGUAUACCCCUCUAAUCUCAACCCAAUUGAAAACUUAUGGGAGAUUCUGGAGCGGCGCCUGAGACUGCCUUUUUCACCACCAUCAAUAAAACACCAAAUUAUGGCAUUUCUUGUGGGAGAAUGGUGUUGCAUCCCUCCAAUAGAGUUUCAGACACUUGUGGAAUCUAUGCCCAGGGGCAUUGAAGCUGUUCUGGUAUUUUGUUGGCAUUUCUUUUAUUUUGGCAGUUACCUGUAUCUAGCUGCAGUUCUCUUUUUACAAUGACAGUUUUUAUUUAUUGAAUUUCCUCACUCUUUUACAUUUUUUGUUUUCUUUUUGUUAUUUUAAUCACAUUUCCUCACUCCUCAGAAAAUAUUUGGUUGACUGAUUCUGUUGUUGCUGUGGUAACUGUUACUAAAUGAGAGGUUAUUUUGGAUUCAGUGCAGUGAAACACUCUUGCGGUUUGAAUAAAGUCUGUUACAUGUAAGAGGUGGGAUUUUAAGUCCAGAGGUUACAGUUUGUUGCUUUUAUUAUUUCUCCAGUUUUUGAUUUGAUUUUGAUGUCUUGUUUGUAUUCUUAUUUGUUUUGAGGUUUGUUAGUGGCAUGCUGCAAGUGCUGUUUUCUGCUAUUCUUAACUUUAAGUCCUCUUGAUUUCAACUGGGAAGGUAUUUUAUGGUAGCCUGUGGUAAGGCUGAUGAGCUCAAGUCAUGUAUUUGAACAAGGGAGGGACAUGAAAUGUGUGCUGAUGAUAGAAAAGGCCUAACUCGGUAAGCAUUAUAUUGUCCAUUUGCCAAACCAAAGCCUUUAUUUGCUUCAAGGCAGCAAAUAUCAGUAUUUAUUAUUUAACUUGACAAGUAUAGGCCUCGCUAGACCAACUAGAAUUGAUAUGAAACGCAAUAGAAUACACUGAUACCAAAUUCACUUGAAAUGUGGCUCAAUGAUAAACUUGUGACUCUAUAAAAUUGGUUUAGCUGUAAUGUCCUGCGUUAUGAACUGCUCACAAUUCAGCAGGUAGCCUAGCGGUUAAGAGCUUUUGGGCCAAUAACCAAAAGGUCACUGGUUCGAAUCCCCGGGCCGAUUAAGUGAAAAAUCUGUCAAUGUGCCCUUGAGCAAGGCACUUCAAAUCUAAUUUUAUUAGUCACAUGCACCGAAUACAACAGGUGUAGACCUUUACAGUGAAAUGCUUACUUACAAGCCCCUAACCAACAACGCCGUUAAAAAAAUACAAAUAAGAAAUAAAAGUAACAAGCAGUUAAAGAGCAGCAGUAAAAUAACAAUAGCGUAACUUCUAUACAGGGGGUACAGGUACAGAGUCAAUGUGCGGGGAACAGGUUGCUUUUGUAAAUCGCUCUGGAUAAAGAGCGACUGCUAAAUGACGUAUUCUCCCCUGGUUUCACUGUCUGUCAAGUUGAUGUUAGGUUGUGUGACUGAGUUUAUUCAAGCAAUUAUUCGUAUAUUUUUUUUUAUUUUGUGGUUGUGUGUUUCAAGUGUGCUUUGGUUUUUACUUGUUUUAUUUUAGCUAAUCAUUUUCUGGUGGCAGGUCUAUGCUGUGUGGAGUUCAAAUGAUGUCUAAACUGCCGAAUCCAGUUUUCUCUUAAUACGAUGUGUCCAUUUAGUUUUAAAGGCACUGAUCUGAAUGGUGAAAAGAAAGCAAUAUGAUGGAAAGGCCAAAUAAUGAUUAAUUUGACCUGUCCAGCCUGGUCAGAUCAGUGAUUUUGAAGAAAAGGAGACAAACAAAUUAACUAGCCUUCAUUAAUAUUUGGGACACAGAUGUAGUAAGAAAACGGAUCAAUACUUAGACCUGCAUGUGAAAUGUAGGCAUACUCUGGUGGUUUGAAACAGCUGUAGAGGUUCUGAUCACUGAAGUGGACCCUCUAUCAUUGGCCCAACAAGAAUGUGUAUAUUUUGGGUAGAAAGAAACAAAUAUAUUCAGGUUGAUGCAUUUGAAUCGUCCAAUGUCAGUCUCUCUUUAUAAGAGAUCAGGUUUGACCCCUUUGGGGUUUACAAGAAAGGUUUUAGCUCUGCUUUCAACUUAUCCUGCUUUUGUUUGGAUUAAUAAAUGUGUAUUCUUCCGAGCGUGA